AAAAGGCGGAACAGAGUGAGAAUACCCAGGGAAAAUUGAAGAGGAGGAUGUGAAGUUAGGGAGCGUCGAUUUUCGCUUGCGUUAUUGUCGCUUUGCAUGCGGAAACUGUAGCAUCUCUCUUGUCUUCGGGGAGAUCUCUCUUCUGCUGGUCAUUUGUGUUUCAUCUUAUUGGUGUCUAGUGUUAUUUCUUGCAGUCAUCUACCAGUGAUUCCCCAAAAUAGUCAGUUAUCUCUGUGAAGAUAUCUGAUAUUUUGGCGAGGGCGCAAGAAAAUCAAUUGAGAUCUUUAGCAAUAUAGAGAGGAUAUAUUCUGAGGAUGACUUCGACGACCCAGGCUGAAAAUUAUCAAUUAAAGUGGCACUCCCACCUGUCGAAUUUGAAUUCUUCAGUCGCCACUCUUUACAGAAAUGACAAAUUCGCCGACGUGAUGCUCGUACCGAGCAACAGUGUUGACUGUGGUGUGGGGAUUCCAGCCCACAAAAUCAUCUUGAGCACCUGCAGCCACUAUUUUGCAUCGAUCUUUGAGAACAACCCAACACCACCAAAUUCCUUAAUUUAUGUUGUCCUUCCGGCUGAAUUGAGCCGUAAAUCUCUCCAGAUCCUUAUUCAAUACAUGUACAGUGGUGAAGCUACUGUUUCCAACGAUAUCCUCAACGAAGUCUUGCGCGGAGGGGAACUCCUACGCAUUCGGGGCCUUUGGCGCAGUAAUCAUCAUGGAUCAGACCCUCAGGGGCCAUCCCAACGUCCCGUAGAAGCUGCUGGUGCCACUAGGGUGAUCAAACAGGAUGUAAGUGUUAUCGACAAGCAUCUUUCAGAAAUGGGAGUUAAACCACCCAGCAAUGGAGCUCUGAAGGAGAGUCCUGUACUUGUGAUGCAUCCACAUGUUGCGACUCCAACUCCCUACACUCCUCCAAUACAGAAUCUUGCAGUGAAAAAAGAUGUGGCCAUAGAUCCUGGAGAAGGUAGACCAAUUCCUUCCAGCCACUAUGGGCUUGUAUCUCUCCAAAUUGCAGCCGCAGUAAAAAAAGCACAACAGCAUUCAGAAAAACGUACCAAAAGUUUAUCAGGUACAGGUGAAAAUGGCCCAUCCACCGUUGGACAAAGUCUCCCGGGAAAGUCUUCAGAGUCAUCUACAUCUCGUUGUGUUCUCACUAGUGAUCUUCGAACUGAAGCCUCAAGAUCUAGUGUGGAAUCCCGCCGGAUUGUUGAGGUUGCUCCACGUCAAGAUCUUCCUGAGGGUAGUCACGAACACGAUCUGAGCUUCCUGGGUAUUAAACAGGAGCCCGUGGAAUGGACAGAAUUUGAGCAACAAAAUGGCAUUGAACGCCAACAUAUGGAAAUAACUGUGAAACCAGAAAUGAUUUACCAGGAAGAGGCUCCUGAUGAACAUCCAGAGGAAAUGCAGGAACCUAUUUAUUCUCCACUUACUUGUGAAUUGUGCAGUGAAACUUUUACAAUUCCCGGCGAGUGGGUACGUCACAUCGAGAGUUUUCACUCAGAUUCACCCUCCCAGACAAUUCCCAAGAAACGUAGACGGACUGAAGAUACCGCGAGUGAGAACAUUGCUGCUCUCAGGUGUGAUCUCUGUUCCAUGUUCUUCAUAACACCUGCUGAAUGGGUGAGGCACGUACAAAAUACACAUACAGAGACGGAACUGGCCAUUUCCAAUAAUAGUGCACCACCAAAAAGGAACAUAAGAAUGAGUCGGCCUUUAGAUGGUCAGACACAAGAUAAAUCUUGCUCCAUCUGCCACAAGACUUUUCCAUCCUAUGCCAGCAUGGAGAUCCACAAGAGAACCCACACAGGCGAAAAACCCUUCUAUUGCAGCAUGGGAUGCAACAAAGGAUUCAAUGUAAAGUCUAACCUUCUGAGACACAUGCGAACGCUCCACAAUCAGCUCAUCAAUCCAUCGAGUGUUCAGGACCAGGCAGAUGUCGAUAGUGGGUCAGAAUGAUGUCCGGCUGGCAGCAGAGUUUCCAUGGCUUAAAACGGUUAGUGAUUUGACGGUGUAUGUUUACCAAUUUCUCUCAAUCUGAAAUCUCCUUGUCGUUGUGGUAGAAAGACAUAAGAUCCUGUUCCUCUAUAGAGGAUCCUCACUUCCUCAGUUAACAGGGAUGUGCGAGUUAGCUUAUUCAUUUCAUUUGAAAAUUUGAUUUAAACAUAAAUAAACGUUUGAACUUGGUCUUUUAGAUCUUAGAGAAUGUUCAACAAAAGAAUUGUGUAAAUUUUUCAAAUACUAUACACUAGUAAAUUACCUUUUAACAAACGUA